GUCAGAUUUUUCUCUCACUCGACCGAGAAAACUUUUCUGCGCAUCCCACACCCCGGAGACCGUCCGGCACGACGCAGUCUCUCCCGGUGGGAGGAAAUUGGAGCGCGGUCCCGUUCUCCGGUCCGGCGCGAGUCAGCGCGUCGCGUUCCGGCGAAUUUGUCAAGAGUGUGACGCACGCUGUCAAGCGGUCAACUAUUAAGCGGAGCGAUCUUUUGCGCCGCGAACUGGAUCGAUCGGCAGCGUCGUCGUCGCGGCAGAGAGCGUAGCGUCGCGGAUGCAUCAUCGCAUCGUCGACUCUCUCGCGAGUACGAUUCACCGGGCGGCGGUUGAGAUUUCCCGAGAAAGCAGGUCGCGGUCGGAUUAACCUCACGCGAUGUACGCGUCGUGCGUUCCAUCAACAGUAACCGCGAGGAUUACAGUUCGCCGUGAUGACACGGCGAAGGUUCACGUAGUCGACAGCCACAUCUAAGAUGCGCGGCAGGAUCGACAAGGUUCGUUCUAACCAUUAGACCAUUGUUGACAGUUGAUCGACGGGAGUAGAGAGAAAGACAGAGAAAGAGAGAGAGAGAGAGAGAGAGAGAGAGAAAAUCGCUGCAAUCAUCGUUCCAAAUGUCGACGUGCAACGAUGACUUCGAGAGGCCGUUCGAGGAUUUCGAGCCCCUGCAAUGGGGCGCGUUGCGCGAGAUGUGCCGCGCCAACGUGGAGUAUUUCGCCGCUCACCAGGACAAGAACGGCGUGCGGAUCAAGGCCGCCCUUCUGGCGAUCCUGGAUUACCUGACCGAGCUGCAACCGCUAUACAGGGAGAUCGCCAGGUUCGCGCCUCACUUCGACUUCGACGAAGACACCCCGGGGAACGGGUAUCGGAGUUUCCUCUCGUUGGUCGAUAAGUGCAUCAUGUACUCUGGUUUGGUCUGCCGGCAGAUGUACCAUCAGAAGGACUCCGUGUUUUUCCGCAAGAGCUACUACAUGAAGGAAAUGGAAGCAUGCUCCCAGCUACUGGCGUCGCUCUAUACGUGUUUGCAGCAGUUAAAAAUGAUGUACUCGUGGAGCACGGAAGUGAUGAAUGACGGAAAGCUGUCACUGUUUCCACUGGAGCAAUACAGUAUUCAGGACCUCCUCAAUAAUGCAGAAAACAUUAAUCAGUACUGUUUUUAUGGCAGGUGCUUAGGAUUUCAGUUUUGCGAUAGUUUAAGACAUGUCUUAAAAACAUUGUCAUUCUUUAUGGCAUCCUUUAGCGAGAUGUACUACAGCAAUGGUACACUACUAGGACGCUGCACCAAUUCCGUCAAAUAUUUAUUGGAUCCUGAGGCAAGAGCACGCCGUAUAGUUAAUGUAUCUCAGCAUGCUGACAUUUCCUUCUGCCAGGCAUUCUGGUUUCUGAGCGAAUCUGCGAUAAUGAACAUGAUAAACGUUUCGAAUUUAUCAAUCAAUCAGGUAAUAUCUAUUCCGCCCGAAGAAUUAGUCCUACCUAGAGUGGAUGGUGGAACAGUUUCCAUUCCAAUACCAAAUAGUCACAUCGGGAAGAAACCUAUUCACGUUAGGUUGUUAAGUUCCAAACGGCGUCUAGGAAUGGUUGGAUCUGGUGGUAUAGGAGGAGAAUUAUGUGGUCUGUGCGACGAACUAAUUAUUCAUACUCACGGGGGCGGAUUCGUGUCGCAAACUUCACGAUCGCACGAAAUAUAUCUACGAAAUUGGGCUAUGACGCUUGGUGUGCCAAUUUUGAGUAUAGAUUACAGUCUAGCUCCAGAAGCACCCUAUCCCCGUGCGCUAGAAGAAAUACUGUACGCUUACGCAUGGGCGUUAAAGCAUGCAAAUACCUUACUCGGAAGUACAGCGAAGAAAGUGAUACUUGUCGGCGAUUCCGCAGGAGGAAAUUUGAACUUGGGAGUUACUUUGAAAUGUAUGCAAUUAAAUAUAAGAAUACCAGACGGUAUAUUUAUGGCGUAUGCACCACUACGCAUCGAAUUCGUACCAUCGCCUUCUCGCAUGCUUUGUCUCACGGAUCCAUUACUACCGUUCGGCUUUAUGUUACGAUGCUUGAAGGCUUAUGCAGUAACUGACUACAAGAAAUCCAAGGAAUACGAGAAUGAAGAAACCAUCAAGUCGGAUACAGAAUCUUUUGCGGAAGUGAGCGAAAGUGACCUUAUAGCAUUAGCUCUCAGUCCAAAUGAAGAUGGCGCGAACGAUGAUCAGAAAUUAGUAUCCCUUCCAUCUGAUUCGACAUUAAAUUCUGUCAGCUUGACAGAAGUUGACGAUAUACAUUAUGAAAAAUCUUUUAAUGCAACAGGUACUGAGUGUCCGAAAGCACAGGCAAAAUCUCAAGAAUAUAUUAGCAAAUUUUUAAACAUGUAUAGAAAUUCUGGUCUUGCAUCAACAUCGUCGCCUGCUGCGAGGAACGGCAGUAUUAGUAGAAAUGGUAACAGUUCAGGACACAGUAACAAAUCGUGGUCUUUGUUUGGAUGGUCCUUCGGUAGAAGAAGUAGUAAGGAUAGCAGAGAACUUAAUAUGGACAACGCUAUUUCUUCUGAGGAUUUUGCCUUUACAAUACCGAGGGAUCCCAUCCUGAGCCCUCUUCUAGCGUCGGAUAAUAUGUUAGCUAAUAUACCGCCCAUAAAGAUAUUGACGGUACACCUUGAUCCUUGUCUUGAUGAUUGCAUCAUGUUUGCGAGGAAACUUCGCUCGCUUGGCAAUAAAGUCACUCUGGACAUUUUGCAGGGUUUGCCACACGGAUUUCUCAAUCUUUUGCAGACUUCAAAAGAAGCGAUGGAAGGCUCAGAGAUCUGUGCCAGAAGGAUAAAAGAACUGUUAGAAUUAUAACUGUCCAAUAUUUAAAAAAAUUAUUACUGUUUAUAUAUAUCCAGAAGGAGCAGAUGUACUUCUGUCUAUUGCAACACAUAUUUAUACAGCGAAUUGUCUCGAUAGGACAUAAAUACAUGUCGUUGUUUUCUGCGGCUAACUAUAUUUUGUAACAUUUCAGGAGUUAGGCAUAUGACAGACAAUGCUUUACACUAGAGAUUUUCUACUGUAUUAAUUGCAUUAGUUAUUACUGUUGUCACAUUGAUGUCAUAUGAUAAUGUAUAUUAUUAUUAAUGGUAUUAUCUAAAAUGAUUAGAAUUAGGAUGUUUCGAAUCUGAUAUUAUUAACAAAAAACGUCCUGUACAUACACGAAAAUAGAUAUUUAGUAUUAAUUUAUUCUGUUUUCUUGUAAAAAAAAGCGUGUAUUUCUACAGAUAUAUUUAUGAGGCACCAUACUAUAUUAUUAUGUUAGCAAAUAACAAUUUUUCUUUACAAGUUUUCUCUGCGCCCACGUACACUUUAUUCAUUGUAAUAUUCAUUUUACAUGUGACAAUUUUUCAUACGUAAUGUCCAAUGUGCAAUAUACUUGUUUCUUACAAAUAUAUAUUUUUUAAAAUAUAUGUAAUGCAAUUAUUUUAAUGCCACAA